AGGACUUUUGGCUGUGAAAAGCUAAGUCAAACACCUCCUAUAUAAUUGUACAAUAUAACAUUUUAAAACACAAAUUGUUGUGUAUAAAGAAAAAUUAUUAUGUACGGAUCAAUUUUUUUUAUACAUUAUGAGAACCGUUGAUUCAAGUUAAUGGGCCAAUAAACCCCAAUCAAGUUCAUGGGCCAAUAAACCAAAAACUUACUAUUGGUAUUCAAAAUCAGUUUGAAAUAGAAUAGACAAUCGUUGAUUUUCUUUAAACAAAAAACUUACUAUUUAUUUUGUUUUUUUUAUUGCGAAGGAUUCAAAAAGUCUGGGGAGAAGUUACACCUUCGACAAGGGGUUUUGCCCCUAAAACCCUAUUGCUAUGUCUUCGAAGCUUUGAUCAUCUCUUUCUUUCAUCAAUUCCCAAACUUGAUGCUUUUACAACGCACCUUCUUCCCCAUUAAUCCGAACCUGAUUUGGGCUUUCUCAGUUCUAUGUUUCUGAAGUUCCUACGAAGUAAUCUUUCUGCACGAAGCGUUCACUUUGGUAAGCAUUUCAACCUCCCAAACCCCGAAGAUAUUGCUUUUAAUUCAAUUUGUGUGAAUUUAAGGCAAAGAAAAUGGAAAUUCCUAGACCAAAUAUUGUCUUCAGAUCUCACAAACUCAUUAGUAAAUCGUGUGGUUUCAGAAUUUCGAAUGUCACCAGAGCUAGUUUUAGGGUUUUACAAACGGGUUGGACUGCAAACGAGCUUUUCACCAUCACUGGAAUCUGUUUGUAUCUUGAUACAUGUUAUGAUUAGGUCCAGAAGAUACGAUGAUGCGUUAGUUUUUAUGAAUAACUUGCUGCAAACAAUGGGUUAUUCUCAUUUAGAUGUUCUGGAAGGCUUAUGGGACAGUUAUAAUCCCGAUAUUUCAUGCCCUCAUGUGUUUGAUACAUUAAUUAGGGCUUGUACUUCGUUUGGUGACAUGAAUUCUGCACAUGAAGUGAUUAUAAACUUGAGAAUGGAAAAGGGCUUUCAUGUUUCAGUUCAUGCUUGGAACAACUUCCUGAAUCAUCUUAUAAAGUCCAAUGAGCUAAAUUCUUUUUGGAAAAAGUAUACCGAAAUGAUUUCAUAUGGUUAUACAGAGAACAUUUAUACAUAUAAUUUGGUUAUAUAUGCCCUUUGUAAAGAAAUGCGAUUAUAUGAAGCGAUUAGCAUAUUCUACCGAAUGUUAAAAGUAGGAAUAUAUCCAAAUGUGGUUACUUUCAAUAUGAUUAUCAAUGGUGCGUGUAAAACAGGUGAUAUUGAAUUGGGGUUAAAGUUGUAUAGGAAGAUGGGAAUCAUGUCAAUGGAGUACAUUAACCCUAAUUCCAUUACUUAUAAUUGUCUCAUCAACGGGUAUAGCAAGUUAGGAAAUAUGAAAUCCGCAGAAAGCCUUAAGGAUGAAAUGACGAAAAUGGGCAUCAAACCGAAUUUAAUUACAUAUGCAACUUUAGUCAACGGGUAUUUGAGAAAAGGGUGUAAGAAAGACGCGUUUAGGUUAUGUUCUCAUAUGGUAGAUAAAGGCAUAGCUCCAAAUAACGUUGUUUACAAUUCAAUCAUUCAUUGGCUUUUCUUUGAAGGUGACACCACAACAGCUUCAGUUUUCUUAUCAUACAUGAUAAAAACCAACAUCUUAUUCGAUAAAUUUACUAAUUCUAUAUUAGUUACCGGAUUAUCAAGAAACGGGUACUUAAAUGAAGCUCUGGAUUACCAUAAAUGGCUUGUGGGAAAGAAUCUUGUUGAUAAAGAUCUUUUCUUGGAAAACACCCUUGUUCAUUAUCUUCUUAGAAGUGGGAAUGAAUCAACAUUGAAGGUAAAACAAGUUCUUGAUGAUAUGAUUGCUCGUGGACUUUCUUUAGAUAGUGUCACUUAUGGUUCUAUGAUUGAUGGAUUUAGCAAACAAGGGAGCAUAUCAAAUGCAAUUAGGGUUUAUGAUGAUAUGAUAAAAGAGGGCAAGAAACCAAAUUUAGUGAUCUAUAAUUCAAUCGUGGAUGGUUUGUGCAAGAAUCUUUCGGUGGAUUUAGCCAAGAUUAUGGUGGAUGAGUUAAAGAAACUCGGGUUAUUUGAUGUCGUGACUUUAAAUAGUUUGUUAAACGGUUUUUGUGCGAAUUGGAAUAUUAAUGAGGCGUUGAAUUUGUUUUUUCAAAUGCAAGAAGGGAAUUUAGCGAAUGAAGUGACAUAUAAUAUACUUGUGAACUUUUUUUGCAAAAUUGGAUCGAUUCAAGAAGGGAAGGAAAUUAUGGAGAUGAUGGUGGAUAAUGAGGUUGCUCCAAAUUCUAUAACUUAUACAAUUCUUGUUACAAAUGCUUUUAAAAAGAGUAAAGUAGGUUGCUAUUCUAGGGAGGAAGUAAUUGAAUUGCAUGAUGAUUUGAUGGUCAAAGGGGUAAAACCGGAUGGUCAAACGUAUGAUGCGAUUGUUGGUAAGUUGAUUGGUGAGGAAAGUUUUGAGAUUUCAUAGGUGUUGAUGAUGGAUGUAUUAAUGUAACAUUGUAAUGUGUAUAUAUGAUUAAAAUGUACAAAAUGGUAAUUUUAGUUUGUUUUUUUGUUGAAGUUUUUUCUUUAUUGUUUAUGGAGUUAUGAUUCUUUUUUCACUCUGUUAUUUGAGUUACCUAUUUGGGAUUUUUUGUUGCUAAGAUAUAAAUGCAAGAAGUAACAACUUACUUUUGUUUAUAUGUUUGUUAUGGCUUUCUACUUUUGAAUGUGAGUGUUGUACCUUGUGCAUUGUAAGCUGUACAUUAUGUAAUGUAAGUUGGACCUUACAAUUGUUGAAAUAAUAUUGAAUUUUAAAAAAGUAUAUUCUAUCAAGUUGUCAACUUGCAUUAGAGACUUGUACUUUAUGCAGUAGAUGUUGUCUUGCAUUGAAUUUAUUCAAAACUUCAGUGAACGAAAACAUGAAUUUUUUGAAGUCUCAAACGGGAAAUAGCCUAU